AUGCGUCAAAGAAAGCAGCGUCUUCUUGUACCACAACAGCGGGUCAAGAAAGCAUGCAACUUACCCGCAUCAAAGGGAGUCAGUCGUUCAGCAAUCCCUCGGGCUAGUAAGCGUAAAGAGUCCAAUGAAGGCAGCGCGGUUAUUGCUAAGCAUGGGCCGCCACAGAAGAAGGAUGCACCUUCCAUGAUCGACGACGUGUUUUUAGCAGAUGAGCCCUAUAUAUCUGAUUAUAAACCUAGUGGCGACUCAGAGGCGGAUACUGACGUGGAAGCAGCGGAAACUGAUGACAACUUAGAAGGACCUGAGUCCAUCAUAAAGUUCCUGUCAGCUGAAACACCCAAAUUUGUCUUGACAUCGGAGGCCGAAAGGCGUGACUUCCCACUGACCCAACCGACCUGGCCUUGUACAUCGCAGAAAACUCUGUCCAAAUCAACUGUGGCUACAAAGACAAAAAUUCAGUUCUAUACACGUGGCCAUACUAGUGCGAAGUCUCACUCUGCACGUGAUCGUAAACGAGCAAAUGAGACACCUGUUUGGGUAGAUGAUUCCAAAAAUGUGGAGGAACUCAAAGCUGCGUCAGAUGAUGAUGACAAUCCCAAGUCUCCAAACGACAACUUCCUGGUAGACAAUGACAAUAAUGACGAGCAUCGUGGUCAUUUUGAGGAGCCCAAACUUGUACGGAGGGCAGACGCUGGAAAGUUAAAGCUAAUGGACCAAGAUAGCGAGACCCGUUGUGUCGUUCAACGAGCAAUACUGGAAGCCAAGGUUCAUAUGACCUUUGUCAAUGGCUAUCCAGACAUUACCGAGAAAAACCAGUUUACGCGAGAUGCGCUCUUAACUGCAGCUCGCACCUGCGGCAUCACACCCAUCUAUGAUCGCCUCAAGACUAACAACUCGUUGAUGCUCGAGUGCCUGCUUUUUCGCACUGAAUUGAAAGAUGAUGCUUGCGCACAAGUCACAGCAUAUUACCAUCUUGGUCCUGAUUGUGUUGAUACUGCUAAGGCUUUGCUGGCGAGCCAUGCUUACCAUUAUACGCAGCAUUUUGAUGAGAAAAAUGACCCCACCCCGCAGGCAAUGAAACCUUACUCUGCAGAUAUCAUCCCUUACCUAAUGAAAGGGCGCUACUUCAAUGGGUCCAAUGGCCUGAGGGUAACGAUUCCGAUGGUUGCUUUGACCAGUACUUCGGUGUAUGCUGCACUCUUGUGGAAGUCCAGCAAAUCUCCCUCCAAGUUCAAUUUCACUGGCAACCAGUUCAGCAAGGUCUAUGCUUUCCAUGUGAACUUUCUCAAUGAAAUGGAGGAAAAUGUGCCGAGCAAGUUCCAUAAGUUGAUGGCCGACAUUUUCGAGGCCAUCCAGAAACUCUGCUCUAAUGGCGCCACUGCCGUAGCAUCACACAAAGAUGUGAUGGCUUUCCUCGACCUUGAUGGCAUGGAUAAUGACGAGUAG